AAGGGGGCGGCGUCGCGCCGGAGGCCAUCAGUGGCCACCAUGGCGUCGGCGAGCCUGCUGGCCGGCCUACUGGCCGCGCUGGCCACCAUCCAGGGAGUCGCGCCUCUCUCAGUGAAGGUCCAUCAGCUGACUUUGGUCAGCGACGACGGCCGGAGGGCGCCCGUGCGAGUGGUGAUCGACGAGAACCGACAGGUGGCGCUCGUGACGCCCACCGCCAACGAGCACGCCUCUGUCAGUUUGUACGACUUUCACCAGCGAGUGGUCGCCCACCGCACGGGAUCGACGGAGGAGUGCUUCCUGGAGCGGCUUCAAGAGGACUUCUUUGAGCACCAGAGCCGACUAGAGGCCAUCCGGGAUCAGGUGGUGGCUGGUCCGGCCGAAACGCUCUACACAUGGAACGUCAACCUCACUGACCACCAGACGGGCGAGCAGGCUGGACGCCGCGUGCGCGCAUUCUGUGCGGGCGCUACUGCCACCUGGCUGUCACCUCAAAGGCCCACUGUGCUCGAGUUCGAUGGCAUCGAGUACCCGGUCAAUCCGCUGGAGGCCGCUGCGUGGAGCGAUGACCUGUCGGAGGACCAGUACCAGAUCCGGGACGGGCCGCUGGGUGCCGACGGCGCCGACCGCCUUCACUAUCGUGCCAAGCGGAGCCCGAAGAACCGGUGGGGCGGCCAGUCGCAGUCGGCGUGGAGCCACCACGGACAGGGCACCGGCUCCAGCAGUGCUCUGGCCACACCGCGCCGUGCCCAGGCAGCAGUCAGCGGCACUCAGGGCUCCGGCCUCAGCCAGUCGAUGUCGGGCGCCAGCGGAGACUGCGUGGGCUGCGGCGCCGACGCCGAGGGUGGGCCCGGCCUACUGGGUCCCGGUCAGGCCACCGUCUCCGGCUCCGGCGACGGGUUCAGCUCCUUCGGGCAGGCGGUCGGAGGUGAUCUGAGAGCGCCGUUCGGCGCUGGAGGAGGCCGCGGCUUCGGGCCGGGAGUCCCUGGUGCUGGAGGAUUCAGACCAGGAGGCCCUGGUGCAGGAGGAUUCAGACCAGGAGGCCCUGGUGCUGGAGGAUUCAGACCCGGUGGCCCUGGUGCUGGAGGAUUCAGACCAGGAGGCCCUGGUGCCGGAGGAUUCAGACCAGGAGGCCCUGGUGCAGGAGGAUUCAGACCAGGAGGCCCUGAUGCUGGAGGAUUCAGACCAGGAGGCCCUGGUGCCGGAGGAUUCAGACCAGGAGGCCCUGGUGCUGGAGGAUUCAGACCAGGAGGCCCAGGUGCUGGAGGAGUCAGACCAGGAGGCCCUGGUGCUGGAGGAUUCAGACCAGGAGGCCCAGGUGCUGGAGGAUUCAGACCAGGAGUCCCAGGUACUGGAGGAGUCAGACCAGGAGGUCCCGGUGCUGGCGUAUUCGGACCAGGAGGCCGUGGUUUUGGACCAGAAGGUCCUGGAGCAGGUAGCAUUAGACCAGUAGGUCCGGGAGCAAGCGGUUUCGGACCAGGAGGUCCUGGGACUGGCGCAUUCGGGCCAGGGGGUCCUGGCGCUGCAUUUGGACCAGGAGCAGGCAGCCUUGGACCAGGAGGCCCAGGAGCUGGUGGAUUUGGGCCAGGAGGUCCUGCGGCAGGCGGUGUCGGACCAGUAGGUCCUGGAGCAGGCGGUUUCAGGCCAGGAGGCCCUGCGGCAGGAGGGUUUCAACCAGGAGGCCCUGGAUCUGGAGGCUUUGGACCAGGAGGACGUGGUGUUGGACCAGUAGGUCCUGGUGCAGGCGGUUUCGGACCAGGAGGUCGCGUUUUUGCGCCUGGAGGCCCUGGUGCUGGUGCUUUUGGGCCAGGAGCAGGCGUCUUUGGACCCGGGGGCCCAGGAGCCGGUGUAUUCGGACCCGGAGGCCCAGGAGCUGGUGUAUUCGGACCCGGAGGCCCAGGAGCAGGUGGCUUCGGACCUGGCAGAGGGGCAGGGGGAACUGGUGCUGGCGACAGACUGGUUGGCGGACCAGGACAGAUCUCUGGCCCUAGGUAUGGUCCUGGAACUGGUGCAGGACCAGGUGGUGCCGGUCCUGGGUAUGGUCCCGGAUAUGGUCCUGGAGCUGGUGACGCCGGUCCUGGUGGUGGUCCUGGGUAUGGUCCUGGAUAUGGUCCCGGAUAUGGUCUUGGACCUGGUGGCGCCGGUCCUGGUGCCGGACCUGGAUAUGGUCCUGGAGCCGGAGCUGGCCCGGGGUACGGACCUGGAUACGAUACUGGAUAUGGUCCUGGAGCCGUAGCUGGUCCUGGUGCCGGACCUGGAUAUGGUCCUGGAGCCGGAGCUGGCCCGGGGUACGGACCUGGAUAUGGUCCUGGGGCCGGAGCUGGUCGAGGGUACGGUCCUGGAUAUGGUCCCGGUGCAGGAUACCCCGGUGGACCGAGAGGCCCCGAUGGUCCGGGAUAUGGGCCGGGCUACGAUCCCGGUGCCGCUUACCCUGGUGGACCGAGAGGCUACGGCCCGGGAUAUGGGCCAGGCUACGGUCCCGGCACCAGCGGCAGGGGCACUGGGCCGGCCGAUGUGCGUCAGCCGGGCGCCGGCGCCGGUCCGGGCGGAGCGCCGGCAGUGGCGGACGGCUCGCGCGGCCAGGCGCAGGCCAUCGGCAACUCAGCGGCCGCCCAGAGCCAGGUGCAGGUGAGCAAGGACGACACGUCGGCGGCGGCGUCCGCGCAGGGCGCGCUCGGCGACUACGGCACCAAGUCGGACGUGAGCGGCUCGUUCGGCGGCGUUGGCCGCUUCCAGGCGCAGUCGCAGAGCGGCAGCCGCGGCAAGAUGUCGCAGACCCAGGUGCAGGGUGGCGCUACGGGCGCCAGCAGCGCCGCCGGCGCGCAGUCGGGCGAGGGGAACGCGCGCACCCAGGUGCAGAUCUCGCGGGUGACCGGCGCCGGUCAGGCGGCCGGUAUGUCGGGCUCGGGCGCCGGCCGUACCUCGUCACAGGUGUCGUCGAGCGCCGGCGGCGGCUCGGCGCAAUCGGGCGCCGAUGGCACGGGCCGCUCCUCCUCCCAGUCAGGCUUCACCGUCACAAAAACAAACGAUGGCCGGCUCGGCUACCAGGGUGCCGCCCAGUCAGCCAACCAACUCGGCCAGGCCGGCGGCUCCUCCUCGGCACAGCUGGAGGGAGUGCUCGGCGGAGAGGCGGCCGGCGGCGCGCAGGCCGGCUCCGGCUCUGACUUCCAGGGCGCCGGCGGCGGAGGAGCGCCCGGCGUCGGCGCUGGUCAGCUUCCCGGGGGUGCGGGACAGCGCGACCAGUUCUACGCCGAGCCUGUGAGGGCCGGUGUGCCUGGUGGACCCGGCGCCGGCGGUACUGGCCUUGGGCCCCGCGGUCCCGGUGCUGGCUAUGGUAGACCAGUUGGACCUGGUGGAGUAGGACCGGGAGGGGUUGGACCCGGUGGAGUAGGACCAGGAGGGGUUGGACCCGGUGGAGUAGGACCGGGAGGGGUUGGACCAGGAGGUGUUGGACCAGGUGGAGUAGGACCGGGAGGGGUUGGACCUGGAGGGGUUGGACCUGGAGGGGUUGGACCUGGAGGGGUUGGACCUGGAGGGGCUGGACCCGGUGGAGUUGGGCCUGAUGGGGCUGUGCCUGGUGGAGUUGGACCCGGUGGAGUUGGACCUGGAGGAUUCAGACCUGGAGGUUUUGGAGGAGGAGGGGUUGGACCUGGAGGGGUUGGACCCGGUGGGGUUGGGCCUGAUGGGACUGGGCCUGGUGGGGUAGGUCCUGGAGGAUUCCGUCCUGGUGGGGUAGGACCCGGAGGCUUUAGACCUGGAGGUUUUAGACCAGGAGGGGUAGGACCUGGUGGGGUUGGCCCUGGCGGAGUUGGACCGGGCGGAGUUGGACCGGGCGGAGUUGGUCCUGGUGGAAUUGGUCCGGGCGGAGUUGGUCCUGGUGGAGUCGGACCGGGGGGAGUUGGACCAGGCGGAGUUGGACCGGGCGGAGUUGGACCGGGCGGAGUUGGACCGGGCGGAGUUGGACCGGGCGGAGUUGGACCGGGCGGAGUUGGCCCGGGCGGAGUUGGUCCUGGUGGAGUCGGACCGGGCGGAGUUGGACCGGGCGAAGUUGGACCGGGUGGAGUUGGACCGGGCGGAGUUGGACCGGGCGGAGUUGGCCCUGGCGGAGCUGGCCCUGGCGGAGUUGGACCGGGUGGAGUCGGUCCGGGCGGAGUUGGACCGGGCGGAGUUGGUCCUGGUGGAGUUAGACCGGGCGGAGUCGGACCGGGCGGUGUUGGUCCUGGUGGAGUCGGACCUGAUGGCUAUGAUGGCGAUGGUCUGGGAGUUGAUGGUUUCAGACCUGACGUCCGAGGACCCGAUGGCACAGGCUAUCCAGCCUCGGGUGACCUACAGGGCGUCGACAGUAGGUUCGUUGGAGGCGACGGAGGAGGCUGGCCCGGCUCCGGACUGCGGCCGGGCCAGGUGCUGCCCUCCGGUGCCGAAAUCCCUGGCACAGGUAUCGUCGUGCCGCAGGGCUUCCGAGGAGUGGUGCGUCCCUCUGGCGAUCCCAGUGUCCCCACGGCGAUCGAACAGGGCGGCGAGCACACACUCACUAGUAAAGAUAGCGAAGGUUGCGGUGUGUUCAACUUCCAGUGCCGCAUGAUUGGGGGCACGUCACCAAAGCGUGUCUGUAAGCCGAUUCCAGUGGUGUGCUGCCUGUACUGCAGCUAAGCGUGCUGUGGCUGAUGUGUGCAGUGAGAGCGAGAGGAGGUGUGACUGCGGGCUUGCAGCUUGCGCGCUAUUGAUCGUCCGCAACGGCGAUGUUCCAGGAUAUUUCCACUGUUGUUGUUCGCGGCAGCGCUGUUUGGAUUGUCGGGGUGGGGCCCUGGCGCCCCGGAACGCGAACUAGUGCCAGAAGAGCGGUAACAUUUUGUAGGCGACGUCAGCACUGCCAUUCACAGGUAACUUAUUCUGCGCGUAUAUCGGCCUUGAAGAGGUCGCGGUUUGUAAGAGUACCUAGAGCAGUGGAGAUCUGAAGUGUCACUCACUGCGGUCUCGCAUGUCACUAUCACUUCGUUGACGGGCAUUCCCACAAUAAACGUCAUAGCUAAGUGAAA